AUGUUGUGUUGCGGAGGUUCAGAAGAAGAUACCAGCGGGCCACCUGCAAACCAAUACACUGCACCAUCAAGAGGGGGUAACUCAUAUGGCGCCGGCGGUGGAGGCAAUGAUAGAGGAGAGCCAAGGAGCAACAUUACCAAGAGUGGUGGUCCACAGAAAGUAUUACCAAUUGAGAUACCCUCGAUAUCAUUGGCUGAGUUAAAUAGAUUAACAGGAAACUUUGGUUCAAAGGCCUUCAUUGGUGAAGGUUCGUAUGGAAGGGUUUACUAUGCAAAAAUGAAUGAUGGUACUGAAGCUGCAAUCAAAAGGCUGGAUACAAGUUCUUCACCUGAUUCCGACUCCAACGAUUUCGCGGCUCAGUUAUCAGUUGUUUCAAGACUCAAGCAUGACAAUUUUGUAGAGUUGACGGGAUAUUGUCUAGAAGCAGACAACAGAAUUUUGGUUUAUCAAUAUGCAAGUUUGGGUUCUUUGCAUGAUGUAUUACACGGAAGGAAGGGCGUACAAGGUGCUGAACCUGGUCCAGUUUUAAGCUGGAACCAAAGAGCAAAAAUUGCAUUUGGUGCAGCAAAAGGAUUAGAGUUUCUUCAUGAAAAGGUUCAGCCUUCUAUAGUUCACCGUGACGUUCGAUCCAGCAAUGUCUUAUUAUUCAAUGACUAUGAGGCCAAGAUUGCUGAUUUCAGCUUGACAAAUCAGUCUUCUGAUACGGCAGCUCGGCUACAUUCAACAAGAGUCUUGGGAACAUUUGGCUAUCAUGCUCCAGAGUAUGCAAUGACAGGGCAGAUAACACAAAAAAGUGAUGUUUAUAGUUUUGGAGUUGUGCUUUUAGAACUCUUGACUGGAAGAAAGCCAGUAGACCACACAAUGCCUAAAGGGCAACAAAGUCUUGUGACUUGGGCAACUCCAAGGUUGAGUGAGGACAAAGUGAAACAAUGUGUGGAUCCUAAACUAAACAAUGACUACCCCCCAAAGGCAAUUGCUAAGUUGGCAGCUGUUGCAGCACUGUGUGUGCAAUAUGAAGCUGAUUUCCGGCCAAACAUGACAAUUGUUGUCAAAGCUCUCCAGCCACUUCUCAAUGCAAAACCGGCUGGUCCUGACCCUAAUGCUUGACAUGUCAUUAAAUUAUCAAGAGUCAUAACAAAAUUUGUGCAUAAAGUUGAACUUAGAUUGCUUGGUCACCUACUCAAUAGGAAAUAUAUAAUGUAUGAUAGAGAUCAUGGAAAAAGAAAUUUCAAAGACCUUGCCUUAGUUCAAACUGUCAUUCACCUUUUGAUUUUCUUAGCUUGUGCUAUAUGAUAUAUAUAGUACACUUUUUAUUUGGUGAAUCAAUUACAAUAUUCGACAUUUGUUGCCACUUAUG